UCUCUCUUCUUUGUUAAAUCAUUCAAGGGGGUUGGGAUUUGGAGGGAGGGAAGGAAAGUCUGGAAGAAUAAGUAUUGGAAUGAUCCAUCUUCUAAUACCACUGAGCAAGUAGGCAGCUUGAGUUCAUACAACUGCCUAGGAAGCUUCAUCUCUACGUCAUUUGCAAGUCCUGAGAGCAAGCUCUGUCAUUCUCAAAUCAUCAAAGAGUAGGGCUAAAUUGGGACCCUAGAAAGAAACAAAAGGGGUUUCGUUGAUGGAUCUGUCAUGGAUUAGUGCCUUAUUGGUUGGGGCAGGUUGCCUUGCUUUGGGUUACCUAAUUGGAACUCGGAGGCACACCCAAUUCCUCGCCUCUGCUAGAGAAAAUGUUGCAUCGGCUGUUGCUGAAUCUCACGAAAUUGAAAAACUUGCUGACAUUCUCGAAGACUUCAAGAUGGUAUUAGUUGUGAGGAAUGACUUAAAGAUGGGUAAAGGAAAGAUUGCCGCCCAAUGCAGUCAUGCAACUUUGGGUCUCUACAAGAAGCUCCUUCAUAGAGCCCCAAAAGCUCUGAACAGGUGGGAGAUGUGUGGUCAAGUGAAGGUGGUUCUGAAAAUUGAGAGUGAGGAAGAGUUGCUGGUUUUGCAGAAAAGGGCGAAAUCACUCAAGUUACCUACCCAUAUUACAGUUGAUGCUGGAAGAACACAGAUUGCUCCAAAUUCCCGGACAGUGAUGUCUAUUCUUGGACCUGCAGACGUGGUUGAUGAUGUAACAGGUGGACUGAAGCUUUUGUAGUGGUAACCUUAAAUCAUUGUUUGUUAUCUGCAAGUUUAUUAUGAAUCUUGGCUAUCCAGACCCAGAUUGGAAGGCUGCAAUUGGACCCAAUUUAAUGGAAAGAACUUAGUGUGUCUGAAUAAAAUGGCUUUCGUUUCUUU